GCAUGUACCAUGGUAUCAACCGGCGGCUACACUACUAAGUUCACGGCUGUCCAUGGCAUGCCAUAUGAGGGCCGUUUCCGCAUGCUUCAGGAAAUGAUGGCGAAAGCGAUGCAGGACCCGAACUUUCAGAAGCAAAUGCAGCAGAUGCAGGAAAUGAUGAAGCGACCGGAGGUUCAGAAGCAGAUGGCUGAAAUGCAAGCUGCUGCACAAAAUCAGCAGCUCCAGCAGCGGAUGCAAGUGCUGAAAAACGACCCGGAAUUCGCCGAGGUAUUCGCGGACAUCCAGAAGAAUGGCAUGCAGGCCCUCAUGAAGUAUUACAACGAUCCAGCGUUCUUAUCAAAGCUGGGUUCAAAGAUUGGCGACGUUGGUCAGUCAGCUGACGCGGCAUCCCCUGUGGCUCCUGCAGCCGUACCGCCGCCGGCACCUGCGCCUGAGAUCAAUAACAUCCGUGAUGCGGCCAGGUGGGGUGAUGAAGAGGCGGUGGAGGACUUCAUCGCUAUUGGGAAGGACAUCAACGAGCCGGACACGCAGGGAAGGACGGCCUUGCAUUACGCGGUCGCUUACGAUCAUGCUGUCAUUGCAAAGAUGCUUUUAGACGAGGGUGCCAACGUGGAGGCGCGCGACUCGAUGAAUAACACGCCUCUUCACUACGCUUGUGGGUAUGGACGGGCCCCUCUAGCGCGUCUUCUUUUGAAGGCAGGCGCCAACAAGGGCGUGCAGAAUAACACGGGGAAGACGCCGUUGGAACUUGCGAAGUUGGACCCCAGGAACCCUGUGAAUGCAGACGAUGAGCUCCUGAAGGACCUGCAGCCAUAGACUGCCUUUGGCAUCUUCCAUACAUCAGACUGGUUUCCUUGCUGGCGACGCUAAGCGUCUUGCGGGUUGCACGUGCCAGUUACACUGCCUCCCUCAUUGUCAGCCUUUUUGUUUUUAUGUGAAAAGUUGUAACUGCGGUUUGGAAUGGUCGAGGGAGGAUUUUCCAUUUGCCUGAGCAAAACGUCUUUCUGUUUGAGCGAACAUUUGUGUUCGGAACAACUGGAAGGGUCUAGUGGCGUACGGCUUUCGAGGACUUGAGCUUCUUGUAACUGGCAAUAUCAU